AUGGGAGACAAGUCGGCUUACAUGAGCGCCGGCGGCUACUCGUCAGGAUACAUGGGCUCGAACGCCUCCUCGUCCGGAUACGCCCGUGAGGAAUACGCGAGCGGCGGAAGCGGCGGCAGCAACAACCAAUCGGCGGGAGGAUCCGGAGGAGGCGGCGGCGGCAACACGGGCGGACAGGUCUUCAAGGCCCGCACCGAUCAAUCGUGCUACUUGGGACCAUCAUGA